UCCAUCACACAGAAGAAUCCCCUCGCAAAAACCCUAUAAAUACGGAACACGCCGCCCAAUCACACCUCACCACAUGCCUCUACUCCUCCCCAGAACCACCACCGCUCUCCUCCUCUCCCCCAAAUUCAAAUUUCCCAAACUACCCAUGUCCUCCGCCGCGCCCAGGGCUCGCCUCCGCGGCGUGGUGUUCGACAUGGACGGAACCCUAACGGUCCCCGUCAUCGACUUCGCGGCAAUGUACAGAGCCGUGCUCGGCGAGAAGGAGUACGUCAGAAUCAGGGCCGAGAAUCCUUCCGGGAUUGAUAUCCUCCACCACAUUGACACCUGGAGCUCCGACAAGCAGCGGAAGGCUUACGAAACCAUCGCCGAUUUCGAGCGCCGGGGACUCGAUCGCCUCCAAAUCAUGCCCGGUGCUGCAGAGCUUUGUGGUUUUCUAGAAUCUAAAAAUAUAAGGCGGGGUUUGAUUACGCGCAAUGUCAAGGGCGCGGUGGAUUUGUUUCAUGAACGGUUCAGGUUGUCAUUUGCCCCAGCACUGAGCAGGGAAUUUCGACCUUACAAACUGGAUCCAGCUCCAUUAUUGCAUAUAUGUUCAGCCUGGGAAGUUGACCCUAGUGAAGUAAUGAUGGUCGGAAAUUCCCUUAAAGAUGAUGUGGCUUGUGGGAAGCGAGCAGGAGCAUUUACAUGCUUGCUUGAUGAAGUGGGGAGGUAUGACUCUCCUGAAUAUGCCAAUGUAGAUCACAAACCAAAUUUUAAGGUGUCUUCCCUAACAGAAGUCCACUCAAUAUUUGAACAACAUUUUGACUUGGCACCUUGAUCUCAAAUCUUCUGCGGACCACUUUCAGUGUACAAAAAACCGAUAGUGUACUUGGUGUUAGACAUGUUGUUGUUUGCUCUCAAAAUGCAAAGAGGAUUAUAGGAGGAGAAAGAUAACUCGGAUGGAACUCAUAGAAGCCGGCUUUUAGGAGGAAGAGGAAGGCUAAAUAAUGCAUUUGUAAUACAAGUCUCGCAAUGUAUCAAUCUAGGUACGAUGCUGCAUUACUCUAGUUCUCUAGUUAGUCAAUUACCACGGACUUGGCUCAAGUAAGAUAAUACAAGGAAGAUUACCGAUCAAAUCCCAGCUUUGAGCUGUUGGAUUGGCUUUGUUGCAUGAGA